AUGCAGCUUCGGCUCACCUUUCUGCUGUGUUUCUUAUACUAUUGCUCACAAUCAAGAGGUCAACCUAACAUUUACACAUUACUGCAAAAGAUCACAGAAAGGCCACCAACGAGUCCUCCGAAUAAACCACUUGAUGUGAAAUUAGGAAUGUAUCUGGAAAGUUUGGGAGAUUUUCGUUCUUCUGAAAUGUCUUUUGAUGUUGACUUAUAUGUUUACAUGUCAUGGAGAGAUACUCGGCUAGAACAUAAUUUUUCAGACUUUGUUCUUAUAAAUAACGAUGAAGUUAGAAAACAAAUAUGGCUACCAGAUUUAUAUUUCGCAAAUGCUAGGCAAGCCAGUAUUCAGCAAGUGACAGUUCCCAACUUCAAUUUAUUUGUUGCUAAUGAUGGUACGGUUGCAUAUUCAUUGCGAUGUACAUUGACAGUGGCAUGCAGCCUCAACUUAAGGUUCUAUCCAAUGGAUCAGCAGUUGUGCUCAAUAAGGGUUCUCAGCUAUGCCUAUAUUGCCAAACAAGUUAACGUAACGUGGUUUGAUAGCAGUCCUAUUCGCUACAAUCAAGAGAUCGGGCUACCCGAAUUUCACAUUGAGCACGUUUCAAAGGGAUACUGUAAUGGAACCUAUGUGUACGCCCUAACGGCCAACUCCCAUAAACUUGAUGAGUUCAGCUGUCUUACUGGUAACUUGUAUUUGUCAAGAUCCAUUGGCUAUAAUCUUGUUCAAUCCUACAUCCCAACAGGGCUGAUUGUAAUGAUUUCAUGGGUAUCGUUUUGGAUUGAUCGGCGAGCUGUUCCUGCUCGAGUGACACUCAGCUUCACAACAUUGGUGUCUCUUACGACAUUGGGAAAUGGGUUGCGAUUUGGAUUGCCACAAGUCAGUUAUGCAAAGGCAAUCGAUUUGUGGUAUGGCGCGUGCAUGUUCUUCGUGUUCCUUGCACUACUCGAGUUUGCAACUAUCAAUAGCUACAUGCGAAAAUCGGAAAAGUUUGAUAGUAUGGGCAAAAAGAUGCAAAGUGUUCUACUGACUGGGCGAACCAGAGAUGUUUUGGUGCGCGGCAUCCAGGAGAGCGUCAAAAUUGCCGGAGGAGCUGCCGGAAAUGUUGGCGAGACGGCGCGCGAGACUUGGGCGACAUAUACGAACGAAAAAGGACGUAAGCAUUACUCAAAAAUUUGUAGAAAUGUCGUCGCCGUCGAGGAUGACCAUCCCGGAAAAUGGAAAGGCUUAACACAAAGAAGUCCGCGAGAGUAUUCCGGCAAAAAUAGCCAUUUACAAGAUUACGUAAACGAAAAGAUAAAGUUUAUUGAUAACGAAUAUGAUGUGGACUUGAAAGAGGACGAAGCAAUGACGAUGUCAAUCUAUGACAAUGUGUCCUGUCGAAGGGAUGAAUAUGAUCGAGAGACUGGUUUUGGUGGAAUACGCCAAAGGAAUCAGAAUGGACGACGGCAAGAGUAUUCGUUUGGGAAAUUAUAUGACAAAACAAUAAGUCAACAACAGCAAACAGAUAAUGCUCUUGCUGCAACAUAUUUCAAGAUUUCCGCUUUACAUUCACGCAAGGCCCUUAACAUUGACAAAGCAUGUAGAUACGUAUUCCCAUUAUUAUUCCUUAUUUGGAAUAUGUUCUAUUGGUGGUAUUAUCUAGUCUACACGAAAACGCCCAUCAGCGACAACGCAUAUCAUUGA